UUCCCCAUUACAGGCCUCUCAAUCUAAUCCCCUCAAAAUCACCAUUUCUCUCUCUCUGGAGCUCUUACCAUUUUCGCUGUAGAAAAAAAAUAAUCUCUCCUUCAAAAAGAAAAAAAAGAAGAAGAGGAGAACCUCUCCUCCUCCUUCUCUAACCGAUCUCUCUUUCAAUUUGUUUGAAUUCGUUCGCGAAAUCUCCAUCCGGAGAGAUCCUUCGGUUGCCGGUGUAGAUCGUGGACAUGGCGCAGAGGACGGAGAAGGAGGAGACAGAGUUCAAAGUACCGGAGACCUUGACGCUCUGUGUCAACAACUGCGGCGUCACCGGAAAUCCGGCAACCAACAACAUGUGUCAGAAAUGCUUUAACGCAACCACCGCCUCGUCCUCCUCUUCCUCCGUCUCAUCCAUCGCCGGCGCCAACAACGUCGUCAAGGAGGGUGGGGUCGGUGUUGGGGGAGGGCCGAUCUCGAAGAAAACGGCCAGAUCUAGCGCCCUCCGGUCGUUGUCGAAGGAUCGGUCAGAUUUGUCUCCGGUAAAGGUGAUUAUAGGGCGGAAUAGGGAGAGCGACGUGACGGAGGUGGAGAAGAUCGUUAAUCGGUGUUCUGGUUGCCGGAGGAAGGUCGGUUUGACCGGCUUCCGGUGCCGUUGCGGCGAGCUUUUCUGCGCGGAGCACCGGUACUCCGACCGCCAUGACUGCAGCUAUGACUACAAGGCUGUGGGUCGUGAGACGAUCGCCAGAGAAAAUCCGGUCGUCAAGGCGGCGAAGAUCGUCAAGGUUUAAAUUAUCUCACCAGAUUAAAAAAAAAAUCUGAACCCUCAAUCGUCGAAUUUCUUCGUAGAUCAAGCUCGAUCUAAAAUAUCCUCUAGCCGAGAGUCGCCAUGGAGAUGCCGGGAGAAAUCGAUUUCGUUGGUGUAUUAAACGAAGAUCAGAAGGAUUUUCUGAUUCUUCCUAUGUUCGAUCAAAUCUGAAACCUCUUCUUUCUUCUCUUUUUUUUUUCAUCUUCUCUUUAUUUUUUUUUCUUAAAUUACAUUCUUAGCUUCGUGUUUGAGAAAUCUGAAGAUUAUUAUUUUGUGGCUUUAAGGUUUGAUGAUUUGCAUCGCGUCAGAUGUGAUUUGCCUUGUGAUUU